UCUCGGUCCAAAACCAGGCAUGUCUCCCCGGCCUGAUGAGGCGGCCGCAGAAGCAGCUAAUUCGAUCGGAUCGAGGUUUCAAGAUGCCGAUCUAGUACCUGCCGGUGUCAAAGUGUUGGUCAUCGAUGGAGAUUCCGCGACUCUGGCCAUUACUUCGAGGAUGCUUCUUAUGUUCGGAUACAAAGUUUUGACUGCCAAAAGCACUGGCGACGCGUUAUCCAUCAUCCAGGAAAGGCAGGACAACCUUGAUCUCAUCCUAACCGAACUUCACCUGCCCGACGCGGACAAGUUCGAGGUUAUAGAGAAACUAGGAAGAGCGUCCAAUUUGCCGGUUAUUAUCAUGACAGCCGAUAAUAACGAGGGCACAAUGUUAGGCGCGCUUCUACACGGGGCUUCGCUUUAUCUCCUGAAACCGAUCAGCAAGUUUGACAUCAGAGACCUUUGGCAAUUUUCGUUCAUGAGGAAAAGAGAUCAAAUGGCACAGGUCACAGGGGACAGUACCGAUCAGGACUCGUCCGAGAAGGGGGGCGAUGAUGAGCCGGAGAGCCAGCUACCUUCGAUCAGUGACAAGCGGGGUGAAGCGAGGCCGAGAAACCAGGAAUUCAAAGAAGUGGAUGGAGACAAAGAGGGCGACUCGCGGCUCCCCAAGAAGACUAAGUUAACUUGGACUAAUGAGCUACACGAAAAAUUCGUGCGAGCGAUCCACGUUAUAGGCAUCGACAGAGCUCUGCCAAAGAAAAUUCUUGAGCACAUGAACGUCCCUGGUCUCAGGAAACAGAGCGUCUCAAGCCACUUACAGAAAUACCGCCUUUCUGUGAAACGAGAUCAAGAUACCAUCCUGAAGACGCUGAAUCCCGAAUCACCUCGCUUGUCAUCCACAAUGCAUCCGCAAGGACUCCUUUCAUUUUCAGAGUCGCAUCUCCUAGCACCGGCGACAACUCGAGACUCUCGUCUCCCGAGCUUUUUUCAGCCAAAUCCCGACAUUUCCCCUGCGAUGGUGUAUGACCGAAAUCGAGAACCAAGGAACUAUAGCAAUCAGACGUUAAAUCCCAUCGCCAACCCCUUAUUCAUGCCGAGCGACCAGCUAUCUCGCAGCUCCUUUCGCACUGGAACCGAGAUCAAAGGAAAAGAAGUCGUCGACGCGGCAAACGUCCAGUCCUCCGGGAAUGACUCUUGUUUGAUUGCGGAAACGCAGUCGUCAAGGACAGGAGAUCCAACCAGCACCGAGAGUGGCAGCGCCGGCGCUGGCGCCGGAGCUUGAGGGACAUGAUGUUUGUCGCGGCGAAAGAAGAUGAUCGCCUCUCUUUCCAGGAGGAAGUGGCCGAUACAUGUAGAUGAUAUCUGGCUGCGCUCUGUCACUGCUGCUAUAUGUUUCCAUCAAGAUAGGUUAUCUACAAUAACAAAA